AUGACCCUGACCCCAUACAAAGUUAUCAGAGAUCCGAAGGUCCACGUCACCAAAUUCAAAUCCAUGAUGUUCCUCAACAGCGAUUGCGAUCCCAUUUUAUGCCGCUCCUUCCCCACUUUCCUGGAUGGAGCCGCCCUACUAUGGUUCUCUAAUUUGCCUGCAGGAUCCAUAACUAGCUUCGACGAGUUCGCCAAGAUGUUUAUCAAUCAUUUCGCAGCAUCAAAAAUAUAUGUCAGAGACUCGGACUACCUCAGUACAAUCAAGCAAGGCCCGCAUGAAAGCCUCAAAGAAUACAUGACGCGUUUCACUACGGCGGUCAUGGAGAUUCCCGACUUAAAUCUAGAAGUACAACUGCAUGCUAUCAAAAGUGGGCUCCAACCAGGGAAGUUCCAAGAAGCCAUAGCUGUGGCCAAGCCGAAGAUGCUAGAAGAGUUCCGAGACAAAGCUACGGGACAAAUUGAAAUAGAAGAACUCCGUGAAACCCGAAGGAGCGAGAGGCCGACUUCGCGAAAAGACGAGGACAAGUCAAACAGGUCCAAUGCCAAAGAACAUAGAAAAUCUUUUAAACUAACCCCAAAGUUUGAUUCAUAUACCAGGUUCAACACAAGGAGGGAAGACAUUAUAAAGGACAUACUCCACAACAGGCUGAUCAAGCCACCAGUCAAGGCUGGAACAUACCAGGACCAUAGGUAUGUAGACAAAGGGAAGCAUUGCGCUUUCCACCAGAAGUUCGGUAACACCACAGACGAGUGUGUAGCUGCUAAAGAUUUGCUGGAAAGACUGGCACAACAGGGGCUAUUAGACAAGUACAUCGGCUCCAGGAGUCAGAAGGACGCCGAUACAAGUAAACCGAAGCAUAAUUCGGACCGCAGAGACAAAGGAUCGUGGCGAGACCCAGUUGAAACCCCGACCACCAAAGGAGUCAUAAGCUACAUCUUAGGAGGAUUCGCAGGGGGAGGAAUGACAAACACAGCAAGGAAACGAAGUUACAGAGCCAUGAUGACGAUGGAAGGAACCCCAUAA